AUGUCCCCCGUCGGCCGGGGCUCUCCUGGGCGCACCUUCUCGGGUUCAACUCUCGGCGCAACCUUCACGCAAUCUCUGCUAGACACUGGGGCCGCAGACACGCCUGGCGAUCCGUUGAAUCUCAUACUGAAGUCGUUCGUGCCGCACAUCGCCAUAUACCCGUCCGAGGAUACAGACAAGCUUGUUAGGGACAAGGGCUUUCAAAAUGGGCUGUGGGAGCUGCUACGGCCCUUUGGCGAGCGAGUACAAGGCAAGGUUACCAUAAGGGACAGUAACGGUGCAAGCCGGUCUUGGGAGGACUUCUCGGUACGAUUCACUCGCUUCGGCGAGAAUGUCGAGCUGCCGGAACCGAUGGUGGGUGGUACGAGAUCUGCGACGGGUCCGCCUGGUGCAAAUGGGCAAACAGCGGGCGCGAAAUCCGCAGACAAGAUAAAAGACGUGGAAAAUCUCGUCGGGCGCCACCUCACUUACGCAGAAGAGUCGUAUAUGGGUCUUGUGCAACCGAGCACUCCCAGCAAACAGGGGCUUGAUAUCGACGCAACGUCGCCGUAUUAUGCGCUUUAUCUACGCCGCCUACUAUCAGGAAUCCCUUUGUCGAGCCACGAGACGUUUGCUCAUCCGGUGGCAUGUGUGAUUGCUAUCAGCUCGCAUACGCCGGAUCCGAUCAAGACGCUGCGAAGGCUAUACGACGAAUCUAGUCAGGGAGAAACGAGGCUUCCUGCCUGGGUCGACCCAGAGUAUCUGCGAUACUAUGUACUAGUUCACGAUGAGGAGAAUAGCGACAUCACGAAAUCAAUGGCUUUAUCUGACCAGAUGAAGCGGCAUCUCGGUUUACAUUGUCACCUCUUGAGGAUACGAAGCUCUCAGAGCGCCGAGACGGACGACGACAGCAUACCGCUGCCACGGAGCGAUUGGAUGACUGCCAGGGAAGAGUUGGAUGAUAUAGAGCGCCACGAGGCGCAAGAGGAUAUUGACCUAACACGAUACAUAUUUGAGAGCGACGCGACGGCGAUACGGACUUUUAUUCGCGAGAUGGUGACGCAGUCUAUAAUACCCACUAUGGAGCGUAAUGUAUCAUUAUGGAACGACCAAGUCGCAUCAAGGAGACGAGGCAUCAGCGGACGCUUCAUGAGCCUCUCGAAAAGAUGGGGAGGGUUUGGCGGAGGAUCAAGAAACUCCAGUGGCGGCAGCAGUUCUUCCAACUACGAUCCCCUCGGCUUCUACAGGCCAGACACCCCGGAGGCUAUCAUGAGAAAGCUGGCCGACUUCGCAUUCAUGCUACGUGAUUGGAAACUGGCCAUGUCGACUUACGAGAUACUCCGCUCGGACUUUAGCAACGACAAAGCCUGGAGAUAUCAUGCGGCGGCAAAUGAAAUGGCAGCGAUAGCGCUUCUGAUCAUGCCGCAAAACAUGUCGUCGAAGACUCGCCUGGAGACGAUCAAUGGAAUGAUUGAGCAGGCGUUCUACUCAUACCAUACGCGCUGUAUGACCCCAUACGGCUCCCUGCGCUGUCUUGCUCUUUCGUUGGAGCUUCUGAGGCUGCGCGGAGGUCCUGCUAUCGAUGAAGCCGUGCGCUGGGGUAUGCGACUGAUGGAGACUCGCAUCAUUGGAGUCGUGGGUGAUGCCCUGUUCAAGGAGCGCAUGGCAAUCGCCUGUGCUACAAAACAAGGCGUUGGAUCACAAUCUUGGGGCAGUUGGAAGCGGAAAUCAGCGAUGUGGAGCGUGCUGGGGGCAGAGGCUUGGAUCAGUCAGUCCAAGUACAUCCAAGCCCAGACAUGUCUGAACCAGGCCAGAAGGAUGUAUUCCAUGCUGCAGAGCGAGGUUGGCAUUGGCAAAUUCCUGCUUGCAAGUGACCACAUGGCACAACUUAAUCAACGCCUCAAAGAGGGCCUUGCGAUCGAGGCCACUGAGGAAGACGAGGCUGCUGAUACGGAAGAUGUUGAGCUCCUCGUUGCAGAGACAACCGAGAUGCUGAGCAAGAGAAGGUCCAGGAGACUGAGCUUGGUUGGCCCUCCUGGUGCCGCCGGUGCGGGUCUGGAGACGGCGCCCAUGAGGCCGCUAAAUUCAGUGGAGAGUGAGGACAGCGAUACAGGGCCGAAGGAUGGUUUUGGAUAA